AUGCUUCUACAAAGACGAGUGCUUGGAAGAAGAUGCAUCAGCACCUUCUCGGUUCUUCUUAACUCGUCAAAACAACCGACUCUACAACCUACUUUUGACAUUGACAACAUCAACGAUCUCCCGUUUAAUGACAAGAUUUCACUACAAUGGAAACAACUAGUUCCUUACAAGAUCAAACUAAAUAAAGAAGAGACUCCUGUUCUUUUCCUUCAUGGUUUAUUUGGCUCCAAAUUAAGCUUCAAUAAAACAGGCCGAUUGUUUAGUGAAGUCACUAAGGUCCCUACUUAUGCAUUAGAUUUACGCAAUCAUGGUGAAUCUCCUCAUGUGUUGCCUUUUUCUUACACUCAAAUGGCCCAAGAUGUAUGUCACUUCAUAAAGGAGCGCAAAUGGGAUAAAUGCGUACUUGUUGGUCAUUCAAUGGGCGCUAAAGUUGCCAUGUUGGUGGGCUUACUAUAUCCAGAUCUUGUGUCGAAAUUGGUGGUUAUCGACAACACUCCCCAUGCAAUGCCAUUGGAUCCUCAUUACCGGUUAGAUAUAUUGGGGAUGUGUGAGGUUGAAGCACAUCCAGAACUAUACAAGAAGGGAUCUAAUGGGAGAAGAGUCACCGAAGUGAAAGCCAUCAACAGGUUUCUUUGCAAGUACGAAAAGAGUCCCCUUGUACGGCUGUUGUUGAUGAGCAACUUACUUCUUACUCAUAAGGAUAUUGCCAACCCACAUGUCAAGGAUCGCCUCAAGGAGGUAUUUCGAAUCCCCGUGAUGAACUUCUGGAAGUAUGAUAUCAUCAAAACUGUUGAAUCAUGGCCAGAUUUACCACCAAACUUUGAUAAAUUUACUCACCCUACAUUAGUCAUGUAUGGAAAUCAGUCCCCAUUUGUGAAGCCAGAAUAUUUCCAAGUGUUUGAAGAGUAUUUCACUGACUUGAAGUUUAGAGAGUUUGAUUGUGGGCAUUGGAUCUCUCAUGAUGCACCUGGUGAAUUUGUCAAUGAGUUGGUAAAGUUUAUUUCACCAUUCUGGAAGAAAAGUGAUUAUAAGGGAAAGCUGAAUACAAAAAACAACAAGCCUAAGCCUAGACCUCCAAAGCCGGGACGUUACCCGCCAGGAUUAGAUUUGAAAUAG